AUGGACGCGCCGGCCAUGUUCACGCGCAAGCACGUCCCCGAGAACGUCGCCGCUGAGGAGGAGGGCGGGCAGCAGCAGCUGCACCGGGAGGAGAAGCCGCACAAGCCGGUGCUCAAGAAGGUCAAGGACAAGGUGAAGAAGAUCAAGAACACCAUCGCCGGCAAGGGCCACGGCAACGGCAACGGCGACGAGCACGAGCACGGGAAUGACACCGGUGGCAGCAACAGCAGCGACAUGGACGAGGAGGACGCGGCGAUGAGGGAGGCCGAGGUGGAGAAGGGCGGGUACCAGGUGGAGAAGGGUGGGUACCAGGAGGACGCCGAGGACAAGCGCGUCAUGGACUCCAGCCCCGAGCUGCACGGCGCACCCAUGUACGACUCCGAGAGGAUCCCGGAGGUGAAGCGCAACGACGCCACGGAGGAUAGGCUCGGCGACUUCGGCGUCCCGGCGGCGAAGAAGGGGGUGGAGCGCACCGACGACACGGAGGUGCGGCUCGGCGGCCAGCUGGGCGGCCCCGUCGUCGAGGACCCGAUGGCGCCGAACUCGAAGACUCCAACCCCGCGAGGCGGGGAGGACAUCGGCACGACGGACGUCGUGCGGGACUUCGAGGCGAUGGCCGUGUCGGACGACCCGAAGCACGCGGGCGUGCAGAAGAUGGACCGCGACCAGAUCAUGGAGACGGAGGCAAUGCCGGUGUCCGACGGCACCGGGGAAGAGUGGACGGACGCGCCCGCGGAGAACGAGUACACGGGGAGCUACACGGACAGGCUCAAGAACACGGCGGCGGGCACCACGGAGUACGGCAAGAAGCUGGCCAGCACCGUGUACGAGAAGGUCGCCGGCGUCGGCACGGUCGUCGCGAGCAAGGCGCAGCAGGUCACCCCCGGGUUCGGCGCGGGCGGGGCCGCGCAAGACGACUCCGCAACCGCAGAGCCUAUGGCCGUGGACGCCGGAAAGAGGGACCUCGACCUGGGGACGCCGGCGUCCUACACCGGCACGGAGGAACCGAAGAACGCGGCUACAGACGCCACCGGCACAGAGCAGCUGAAGAACGCGACAACGGACGCGACGACAGAGGCCGCGCCUGGCGCGACGACGUACACGGACAAGAUCAAGUCCGCAGCGGCGGGCACCACGGAGUACGGCAAGCAGCUGGCGAGCACGGUGUACGAGAAGGUCGCCGGUGUGGGCACGGCCGUGGCAGGCAAGGCGCAGCAGGUGAUGCCGAGUUCGGCCGGAACCGCUACUCCUGGCGUAGGCGCGCAGGACGGCUCGACCGCGCGGACUGUCACCCCCGGUGCCGGCGGGCCGGGGAACGGGCAGGACAAGGGCGUGUCUGGCGUGACGGCGUACAUCGCCGACUAUCUGCGCCCGGGCGACGAGGAGCGGUCCCUGAGCGAGGCGAUCACCGGCGCCGUGCAGCAGCGCAAGGAGGGGGUCGGGAGCACCGUUUCCAAGGCGCGCGAGGUCCCGGCGCAGGCGGUGACCAGAGCGCGCGAAGCCGUGACGUCGCUCACCGGCGGGAACCGCGUCUCCGAGACCGUGCAACCAACCACAGAGGGGAACAUCGGAGAAGGCGUCGCGGCGGAAGUGCCGACGCUUCACGGGGAGGAGAUCGGAGCCCCGAGGACCAACACCAAUGGGCUGUAAACUGUGAAGCCUCCGCUGGUGUAGCGUGUGAUCAGUUUGCCGGAGUGGUGGGGAUCGCCGGAAUAAGUCGCCUGGUUCGUCAGGUGUUCAGUGCGGGCUACGGUGCUUGGAUCCAUCUACGGCUAGCUGAUUUUCCUUUUGUGUACUUUGGGACUUCUUUUCCAGGAGUGUUCGCGAGUCGUUGACACGCUCUGUUUGUCUGUAAACUAUGUAUGUUCAUGUUCUACUUGUUUAUACACUUCCAUGUUUUUGUUUGUAAAUUCUUCUGAACUUUGUGCGUGAUCGGUAUGUUCGAAUAAGUGGAUGUCUGUUUGAGGUGCUGCUAC